AUGCUGGCCCAGAGUGGGAAGGCGUCACUGAUAAGCUCCCGAGCUUCGGCCCCUCGACGUCCCCGUGACGAUUGCCCUGCUUUCAUCCUCACUUCUGAUUUAUUGUCCAACUUGCAUUCAUCUCCCUCUGCGAACAUGUCCAGCACAGACCCCGAGGUCACGACCGAGAAUGUUGGUAAAAUCCUGGAACAUGACACCAAAGUGAAGGUGGCAGGGAUAGACGUGGAUGGCAUCUUGCGCGGAAAGCUCAUGAAGAAGGACAAGUUCCUGUCCAUUAUCACCGAAGGCUUCGGAUUCUGCUCCGUCAUUUUUGGCUGGGACCAACACGAUGCAACCUACUAUAAGGAAUUGGCAAUCAGCAACAAGGAGAACGGAUACCGUGAUCUUCUUGCGGUGCCUGAUCUCCGCAGCUUCCGUCGCAUUCCAUGGGAGAACAAUGUUCCCUUCUUCCUCAUCAGCUUCCUGGAUCCAGAUACCCGAGAGCCAGUCUGCGCUUGUCCGCGUGGGUUGCUGAAGACAGCGGCAGCCAAGGCCGAGGCGGCUGGGUAUCGGGCGAUGGCAGGUGCGGAGUAUGAGUUUUACCAAUUCCGCGCACCAGGUAACCACGCGACGCCAGAACAAGGUGCCUCUGCCACGGCCGCUUUCCUUCAAUCGAACCCCCCGGAUGCCCUACCAGCAUUAACAGAAGGCAUGUUCGGGUACUCGAUCACUCGGCCUCUUCAUAACCAAGAUUACUAUUAUGGCAUCUUCGACGCCUGCGAGAAGUUCCGCUGCGAUAUCGAGGGAUGGCACACCGAGAGUGGGCCGGGAGUGUUUGAAGCCGCAUUACAAUUCGGCGAGGCGAAGGAUAUGGCCGAUAAGGCUGGGUUGUUCAAAUACACCGUCAAGGCAUAUGGAAUCAAGCAUGGCAUCACGCCAUGCUUCAUGGCGAAACCGCGCCAGGGUCUACCUGGCAACAGUGGACACAUGCACAUCUCGCUUGUCAACGCCGACGGAACGAAUGCCUUCAUCCGCGAUACCCCCGACCCCUCCCCUCAAUACCCCGAUAUCGCUCACCUGUCUGAUCUGGGGCGGCAUUUCCUGGCUGGUCUGCUGGUCGGCCUGCCGGACAUCAUGCCCAUCCUGGCCCCGACCAUCAAUUCCUACAAGCGGCUAGUGGAGAACUUCUGGGCGCCCGUCACCGUCUCUUGGGGACUAGAGCACCGGGCAGCCUCGAUUCGUCUCAUCACUCCGCCGACGGCGAGUCCCAAGGCCACUCGAUUCGAGGUGCGAGUACCGGGCGCAGACACCAAUGCGCACUUCGUGCUGGCUGCCAUUCUGGCCCUCGGGUGGCGCGGCGUGGAGAAAAAGCUUGAAAUCCCGGUGCCACCACUCGCCCGUGGUGAGGACAUGGGUGGUGCUAGCGACCAGGGUGUCCGCCUGGCCAAAUCAUUGAAGGAGGCCAUUGUUACAUUCUCCCGCCCGGAGAGCGUUGCACGAGAAGUCUUUGGUGACUCAUUCGUCGAGCAUUUCGCGGGCACCCGGGAGCACGAAGUGCGCUUAUGGGAGGAGGCGGUUACCGAUUGGUAA